AUGAACGCAACAAAGUUGUUGUCGAUCUUGGAGGACCCGGUUCAGUUUGCCGAAAGGGCCCCGCUGAUUCAGCAGGACUUACUCCAGUUGGUCAAAGACCAGCAGUUGCAGAUCCACAACUUGUCUGUCGAGCACCAAACAGCAUGUGAGGCCAACAAGGCGUUUAAAGUGGCACUUUCUGAGAUCGGUACCGUGGUGAUUUCCGUAGCCAUGGGUGAUUUGUCGAAGAAAGUGGAGAUACACCCGGUGGAACUGGACCCAGAGAUUCUAAAGGUGAAAAUCACCAUCAAUACAAUGAUGGACCAGCUUCAGGCGUUCGCUAAUGAAGUGACCAAAGUUGCUACGGAGGUGGCCAACGGUGAACUAGGCGGCCAGGCCAAGAACGAGGGCCUGGUAGGAAUCUGGCGCUCAUUGACGGAUAACGUCAACAUCAUGGCGUUGAACUUGACCAACCAAGUGCGUGAGAUCGCAGAUGUGACUCGUGCUGUCGCUCAAGGUGACUUGAGUAGGAAAAUUAACGUUCACGCUCAAGGUGAGAUCUUGCAGUUGCAAAUGACUAUAAAUACAAUGGUGGAUCAACUUAGAAAAUUCGCGUUUGAAGUAUCCAAGGUGGCUCGAGAUGUUGGUGUUUUGGGUAUUUUAGGUGGCCAGGCUUUCAUCGAGAAUGUCGAAGGUAUCUGGAAAGAAUUGACUGAUAACGUAAAUGCCAUGGCUUUGAAUUUGACCACGCAGGUGAGAAAUAUCGCUAACGUCACUACUGCUGUCGCCAAAGGUGACCUAUCCAAGAAGGUUACUGCUGAUUGUAAAGGCGAGAUUUUGGAUUUGAAGUUGACCAUCAACCAGAUGGUGGAUCGAUUGCAAAACUUUGCUUUGGAAGUUACUACGUUGUCUCGUGAGGUCGGUACUUUAGGUAUUCUAGGUGGCCAGGCCAACGUUAAGGAUGUCGAAGGUGCCUGGAAGGCUGUUACGGAAAAUGUCAACCUAAUGGCUACAAACUUGACGAAUCAAGUGAGAUCUAUUGCAACUGUCACAACUGCUGUCGCCCAUGGUGACUUGUCUCAAAAGAUUGAUGUACAUGCACAGGGUGAGAUUUUGCAAUUGAAGAAUACUAUCAAUAAAAUGGUGGACUCUUUGCAGCUUUUUGCCUCCGAAGUGUCUAAGGUUGCUCGUGAUGUCGGUAUAAACGGUAAGUUGGGUAUCCAAGCCCAAGUCAGUGACGUCGACGGUUUAUGGAAAGAAAUUACCUCCAACGUAAACACGAUGGCCUCGAACUUGACUUCACAGGUGAGAGCUUUUGCUCAAAUUACUGCUGCUGCUACGGAUGGUGACUUCACAAGAUUUAUUACUGUUGAGGCUUCGGGUGAAAUGGACGCCUUGAAGACAAAGAUUAAUCAGAUGGUGUUCAAUUUAAGAGAGUCGAUUCAGAGAAACACCGCUGCCAGAGAAGCCGCUGAGUUGGCCAACAGCGCCAAGUCUGAGUUUUUGGCAAACAUGUCUCACGAGAUUAGAACCCCCUUGAACGGUAUUAUUGGAAUGACUCAACUUUCUUUGGACACAGAACUCACGCAAUACCAGCGAGAGAUGUUGAGCAUUGUUCACAACUUAGCCAACUCGUUGCUUACAAUCAUUGAUGAUAUUUUGGAUAUCUCGAAGAUCGAAGCGAACAGAAUGACUGUUGAGCAAAUUGAUUUUUCCUUGAGGGGUAACGUCUUUGGCGCUUUGAAGACUCUCGCUGUAAAGGCAAUCGAAAAGAACUUAGAUCUUACCUACAGAUGCGACUCAUCUUUCCCGGACAAUUUAAUUGGUGAUUCUUUCAGACUUCGGCAGGUCAUCCUCAAUCUUGCUGGUAAUGCUAUCAAGUUUACAAAGAAGGGUAAGGUGAGUGUCAGCGUGAAGAAAGCGGAGAGGGUACCAGAGGAACCAAAUAAGCUCUUAUUAGAGUUCUGUGUGAGUGACACUGGAAUAGGUAUCGAAAAAGAUAAGUUGGGAUUGAUUUUUGACACGUUCUGUCAAGCGGAUGGUUCGACAACUAGAAAGUUCGGUGGAACUGGUUUAGGGUUGUCCAUCUCGAAACAGUUGAUUCAAUUGAUGGGCGGUGAGAUUUGCGUGACCUCUGAUUAUGGACAUGGCUCUAAUUUCUCUUUUACGGUGAGCGUGUCACCUUCCAAGAUCAAAUACACCAUGGAUUCAGAACAGCUUUUACCCUUCAGGGGCCACUACGUAUUGUUUGUGUCUUCGGAACAUACGGAGAGUGAGCUUGAAGAAUUGAGAAAUGGCAUAACCGAAUUAGGAUUGAACCCUGUGAUCGUCCGUGAUAUCAAUGAGGUCAAUUUUGAGGAACCUAUUCAAUACGACAUCAUCAUGAUUGACUCUAUCGAGAUAGCCAAGAGUUUGAGACUACGAUCAGAAGUGAAGUACAUUCCGUUGGUGUUGUUGCACCACUCAAUUCCGGAGUUGAACAUGAGAGUUUGCAUUGAUUUGGGUAUUUCAUCUUACGGAAACACUCCAUGUACGAUCUCUGAUCUUGCCAGCGCCAUAAUUCCCGCAUUAGAAUCGAGAUCGAUUGCACAGAAUACUGAUGACUCUGUCUCCUACAAAAUUCUUCUUGCAGAGGACAACUUAGUGAACCAAAAAUUAGCUGUAAAAAUUUUGGAAAAACAGGGACAUCAAGUCGAAGUGGUUGAGAAUGGUCUUGAAGCUUACGAGGCUGUCAAGAAGAAGAACUACGAUGUUGUUCUUAUGGACGUUCAGAUGCCAGUAAUGGGAGGAUUCGAAGCUACGGAGAAAAUCAGGCAGUGGGAAAAGAAGUCCAAUCCUAUUGACUCCUUGAGCUUCCGUACGCCUAUUAUUGCACUUACAGCCCACGCCAUGUUGGGUGAUAGGGAAAAGUCUCUUGCUAAGGGUAUGGACGAUUACGUGUCGAAGCCCUUGAAACCCAAGUUGUUGAUGCAGACAAUUGGAAAAUGUAUUCACAAUAUUAAGCAACUCAAGGAGCUCUCUAAGCAAAACAACAACAAUCGUACCUCAAACUUUGCUAAGAACUUGAAAAGCAGCAUCAAGAAUUCCGAGCACGAGGCAAAGAUUAACAAUCUUGGCCUGUCACCUACAAAGGCCAAUGGAAAUGAUCAGCACGAGCGCGCCCAAAUGCGAGCAAUAUCGAGAAAGUCCGAUGGAAGCCUAGAUAUUCCUCGACCUGGCGCUUUGUCAAAUGAAAGUCGAAGCAUGACAGAACAUUUGGUGCACACGAGAAAGAGCACCUGA